AUGCUGGCCGACUCUCCAUAUUUACCAACAAGACAUCCAAAUCUUGACCAUAUGAAAAGAUCAAGAAACAAAAGACAAACUGACGCAGGCUUCAUAAGAAAACCUUCAUCAAAUUUCAAUUAUCCUCGCACAAAUUCCCUUAUUGAGAAACCAAAUGCAUCCCCAGUAAUCAUCCCUAAAAUAAUUAGAACUGUAAGCUGCUAUUCUUGUGCCUCCACUGUAACUUCGCCUCCUCCUCUUGACUUAGAUUCAGAACUCGAUCCAAAUUGAGUAAGACUAGCCCAAAAAUAUGAACAGAAAAUUCGGGUUCCUAAAAAUCCUGAAGAUGGCUUGUAUCUCAAUAAAGCAAUCGAUUUCUUGACUACUAUUGAGACGCAAACAAGUGAAGAGACACUAGAAAGACGACCUAGUGUAGAAUCAAACCAAGACUCAGAAUGCACACGCUGAGUGACUCAUUCAGGAGCAAUCAAAGAAUCAUUUAGAGGAUGCCUUAACUUCUUUGAUUGGGACCGAUUUCCUGUUGUUGACCUCAGUGAUGUGCCUGCUACUUACUAAACUAUUGAUACUGUUUAAUAUUCAUUACUAUAUCACCUAUACGGGCUUCGGCUUCUACUUAAGAAUACCUUCCGGUUCCGAGUUGUGAACCACCUGAUCUUGGUUUAAAUGGUUUCGGGAGUUCGGAUUUGACGGCGGCAAACCACCUUGCGUCAGUCAACGAGCUGAGGGCCCCAGUCUCCGUCGCUUAAAUCAGUGGCAUACUUCUAGAAAAUUCAAAUUUCUAAAGAGAUGGGCGUCAGAGGUUGGUGUAAAACUCCAUCAUUCUGUUAUGAAUUUGCAGGGUGAAGACAAGCCUAAUAAAUCAAAAUGGCCAAUGAGAAAUCCUGAACAGAAAAUUCGAGCGAUGCUAUAUUUUGGUCAUAAUAUACCUGCUACAAUCCCUAAUUCUUUGCUUAAGGACAACCUUAACGAAGAAUUCAAAGACAAACAUCCAUUUCUGGAUCAAAGGAUGACUUUGAGUAAGAUAGUAAACUUAAGAGAAGAUCUGAUUUUUAAAAUGUGUAGAAAUAUGGAUAUUGAGGUUUGCACUCUAGCUAUAGCUUGAACAUGCUAUGUCAGGCUGCUUAGCAAGAAUGUGAUCACUAAACUAAAUAGGAAAUUAUAUGGAGCCAUCUGCGUAUUGAUAGCUUACAAAUUCAACGAAGAAUCCCACCUAGAAGCGAACAGAGAUCAGAUAAAAAUACUUAUUAAACUCGCGUAUUCUAUGGAUAAGCACAACUUACUUCAGCAUAAAAGUCUCUCGAAAGUAGAAUUUGAGGUAUAUGCGCAUUUGAAUUUUUCACUCUUGCUUAAGUAUGAAGAAUUCCAAGAAGAGUUUUCGUAUAUCUUGGGCAGGAUGGAUACAAGUUUCAACGUCUAUAUGGGCGACUUUAUUCAAGAUUUUUAA